AUGCUAAAGCCGUAUUUGGAUCACGAAAUGCAAGAGUCCAGCAGUGGCAUCUCUACGCUCCCGACCGAGAUCCUCAUCACCAUCCUGGACGACUGUCCCGACAUCGCGCCAGAUGGCCCCGAUUUCCAAUCCGCAAACUUUCUCUGCUACGUCCGGCUCUCGCACGUCUGCCAGCGGUGGCGAGACAUCCUCCUCGACAGACCGCAAUACUGGUCACAUAUUGUUCUCUCAAAGCCGCGCUGGGCAGAGGAGAUGCUGGUCCGCUCGGAGACGGCCCCGCUGACCGUGGGUCUUAACUUUGGGGCGGCUUCCGAGUCUCCAGAGACCGCGGCGGUACGUACGCUGCUCUUCGAGCAAUUUCAUCGAGUAAAAGAGAUUCACAUCAAACUCGGGCUGUACAACGAUGGCCCGGCGCCCAUAUUCGCGCAUCCUGCACCGAUGCUGGAGCGGCUGCACAUCCGCAUGGAGCCCAACUACAUCUAUGGUCUUCGUGAGGAUUCGUUUUCGGGCGAGGCGCCAAGGCUGCGCCAUCUUUCCCUCCACCACUGUUUGCUCCCAAAAGAGUGCCGGUCAUUGUGGCGGGGCCUUACUUCGCUGGAGCUGACGGGCAUCGCUCAUGAAAUAUAUGCGCCGAUUCUUGAGCUCCUUGUCUUCCUCAGAGACAACACGCCGCAUCUCCGCGCGCUCUUGCUGAACAAGAUACUAGUGCCACUGGAGCCUGAGAGCGGAUACGCGCCGGCGACCAUACGCAAUCCGAUUCGCCUCGAAAGGCUCAAGGAGCUGACGCUCCGCCCGAACAAUUGGUCGUGCACCGCCUUUCUACGAUGUGUUGCACUCCCCAAGAUGCGCCAGCUCGUCGUAGAAAUAUGCCCUGGCGACCCCGACGAGCGCGGAAUCUGGGAGGCGCUUGAUCGUGUAGGCGGUGCCGACAAGAUCUGCAGCCUUGAGCUGCGCGACAGUAUUCUCCCUGGCGAGGGCAACUACGGUGAUGACCAAAUCGUAUUCGAAAUCAGACUGGGCCGUGCCACAGACUGGGAACCCGAAACCAGUACCCCCGAGUUCCGAGUCACUGCUCGCUUUGUGCCGACCACAGUCGACCGCAGGCGCGAGCAUUGGCGCGAGAAGCUAAUUAUCGCCAUGUUAUCACACCGGCACUCCCGAUCUUCCGAGCACACCCAGCUGACUACGCUAAUCGUCGCUUGCGACGACCUCGACUGGCCAGUUACCGGCCUACUUCUGCAGCAGUCAAUCUGCAACAUGGCUUUCUACCGCUCUCCAUCGAUGUUCUUGGUUGCGUUGGCAGCCGUUUCCGCGGAUUCCCGGCCGGACUUGGAUAAGCGGCCCCUGUUGGGCCUUAAGCGACUCGCCUUCGUCGGGAUCGUGUUGCGCACCAACCAGAUACAAAACGCCUUCUUUGCAUGGCUCUCUCAGAGGAAACUUCUCGGUCUCCCGCUCGAAGAGCUUCAUUUCGAUUACUGCGCGUCCGAGAACGGCGCUCCAUGCCCCCCUGUCGAGGCUCGGCCUGCGUUAACAAAGCUCGUUCAAGUUGGCAGGUCAGUGAUUUUGGAGUAUCAGUGCCAAUAG